CGCGCGGAGGAUUUGAGUUCUGUUUGAAUGGCUGAAGACGGAGUGCAGCGUAGUGUUUUCUAAACUUUUAGCAAUGUAGAAAUGGCAGCAAAGUUAAACCUGUCGGGGUCGCCGGAUUCUGAAGCGUCGUCUCUAAACGACCAGUCCAGUAACCGGAGCAGCAACAGAAGUCUGAGGGUCGCAGAGAAAGAGAGGAGGAAGAACGGGGCGGAGGACCCGUUUGUAGCGGCCCUGAAGUACUUCUCUGACGUUGAAGCAGGUACUCCUGUGCACGGGAACGAUGAGGUGGAGAGGAACCUGGUGCUGGUGGAGAAGGUGGCCUACAGUAAAGGACUCUCCCCAGAGGCCGUCUCUAUCAUGCUGGAGUUUGCCAUGAGCCUCCGUAUGGGUACUGUUCUUUGUGCGCGGGUGCUGAAGUUUCUAAUUCCUGCCACUGUGGUGCCGCAGGAGGCCGUUGUCCGAGCGGUGGUUUGGCUGGGGGUCGGCAAAAUACCUGUCAACACACAAAUUCUUUUUAUAAAGUGGGUGUUGACCGUAUUUGACAUGAUUGAUGCAAAGGACCAACUUCGAGCUAUCUAUGGCUUCAUCUUCAGCUUCGUCACUGACGAAAAUCUGUGUCCUUUCAUCUGCCAUCUGCUGUACCUUUUGACCAGAAAAGAAAGUGUGCGAGUCUUCAGAGUCAGGAAGCUACUGGAGCUACAGUCUAAACUGGGGAGGCAGCCGUUCCUGCUGAGCCUGCUGUCACUUUACAAAGUGUUUUGCCCUGAACUGGUGAUGCUCUCCAUCCCGUCUCGAGUUAAGAGUGGGUUUAGGAACCACAAUAUGCCCUGGAAAUCUGCGUUGAUUGCCGUCCAGAAAAGGAACGGCUCCCAGGUUGCCUCUGGCAUCAGUCUGGAGUUAAUGUCUAAAGAUAAGACCAACUCCAGGAAAAGGAAACACUGCCACCUGGAACUGCCGGAGUUUAGUUCUGUCGUCAGCAAAGAACCUCAGACUGAGCCGUCCUCCAUCAGAAAGGUGGUCCCCCUGGUGCAGCUUCACUCUUUCGCUCAGCUCUUGGAAAAUAUGCACCGUAUAGAGCUGCCCGCUCAGAUGGGCUCACUGCUGGGCUCCAGUCUGGCACUCCAGUACCUGGACUGCGUACAGGAUGAGUCUGCCCUCCUACGCCUCAACUUCUGGCUAGGCUACGCUCUUCACGAAGAAUUUUUGUUCUGCAGCGAUGGAGGAGCCUCCCAGAAUUCAGAAGAAGCUCUGCAUUUUCUGAACAAGUUGCUGUCCACGCAACACUUUCUCCAGGAGGGAUUUUCCAGCUCAGAGGCUUUUCUCUACAAAUUUCUCAAUGUUUGGGACGGUUCCCUGCUUCGUCCACAGAUCCUCGGCCUGCUCAGCAACAUUCCUGUUGUCCCCAGUUCCCAAAUUGGACAGCUUUUGUUUGAGCCCCUCAUGCAGCUCUUCUUCACAUCCUCGCUGUUUUUCAAGUGUGGACUUAUGGAGUGUCUAAACAAUAUGCUGCUGAAGUGGCUGACCUGGCACUCGGUGUAUGCUUUGGAGGACGACUUGGACAUCAGCCUCAACAGCCACACCUCCAUAAACAUGACUCUGUCGGGGUUCAAGGAUUCAGUGAUGGAGCUGGUUGACUUUGUGGGUCGGCUGGCUUCUGUCGGCCUUCAGCUCGAAGGCUGCCACUCUCUCCUCCUCAGCUUCACCCUGGACUUCUAUGAGACGGUGUGUGACACGUUUCUGAAGUACGGGCUCCCCCUUGUGGUGAUGCCUCCACCUGGAGUUUUUUACCCAGCCCUAUUUGCCACUGACCCUGUUAGUGUGGACAGACUGGCCUACAUCAUGUACAGGUACAAGGUGAACUUGACAUCAGCCAAGAGUGAAGAAAAAAUCCGAGAGCAGGCCUUUCACAUCAGCGGCCAGACGUUUCGUGAGUUCAACCACUACGCAGUCGUCAUGGUCAACUGCCUGUGGAACUCCAAAAUGUUUCAAGCAGGCACAGGCGUACAGCUGGGAGAGGAGCUGCUGCUGAAGAGCAACGUGCCACAACACUGGACGAGCUUCGACCUCAUCCACCAUCCUGCCUUCAUGAGCUACGCCGUCGACUUUCACCAGAAGUGUUGGCCGGGGACAAAGGACAUGGACCUCAAUUCCAUAAAGCAUUCCAAGCCGUGGAGCUGGUACCUGGAGUAUUUGUUCAAUCAAGGCUAUGACGGCCUUAAACAGUUUGUUCAGAGCAACAUCAGUCGGCAGCUGGCAGCAGGCGACGGGCAGGACGGCAGCCUGUCCGCACAGCAGAGGUAGAUGCUCAACUCAAUGGAGAGUAAAAUCAACCACUUGCAUCUUUCCCCUUUUUAAAAAGACUUGUACAUAUUUCAUCUCCUCGUCUCCUCCAAGUGAACUACUUGCAAGCGAUCUGAGUAACUUUUUUAUGUACAUAGAUGUAUCUGUGUUUAUUAUCUAUUCUUACUUAUAGUAUUGCCCAUUCGGCGACAGCGACGCCCUGGCAGCCAUUUCCCAGAAGCAGUGUCAGCAGCAGGUUGAAUUUCAGGGAAUUUAUCCUUAAAAAAAACAAAAAACAGAAAAGGGGAUCAUUGGAAACACACAUUUGUCUGUCAGGUUGGUUAGAUCUUCCACAUGGCAGAAAUAAAAUACUUAACAACUUAUGAACCAUAUAAAUGUUGACAAAUACUCGAGAACAAGUGUAAGUCUUUUUUAGGUAUUUUAUGUUUAUUUUGCAAUAAAUAAAGUCAUUCUUUGUGUAAUGUUAACGCUCUGACCUUGAACCGGCUGCUUACACUGAAAACAUAUUUUUCUUAAGCUUACUGUUUAUGUUUUUAUGUUAUAUUUGUUGUACAGCUUGCCGUCUGCAAAACCUGACUCUUGCACCUUGAUGAAAAUAAA